UUCGAGUCCAGUCCAAUGGCCCUGGAUAAGGAGACCACCUGGUAACAGAGACCAGGUUUGAAGGUCUCUUGAGCGGUCGUCUUAGACAGGUUUCACUGUACAUGUAGGUCUACAAUCAUGUCAUUCACAUGACUUGUGAAGUUAGUUACUGUACUGAGUGAUCAUGGUUCCUCGUCGGCAAGUAUCUGCUCAGUGCACUGUCAUUGAUCCAGUCAUCGCCGAUUAUUUGCUGGCCAGCCGAACAUUGAUAUCUUCUCGGGUUGACCGUGAAGCGUUCUGUGGUUCGAAGUCCGCCAGUCCUAGAUUCUGGAUCCUUCUCAAGAUAGAGACAGACAACUAACUUACUUGUAAGUCGUAGGCUUGGAGCAUGGCUUUCUCAAUCGGCGGAUUGUGCUCGACCGCACUUCGACGCUCCUUGGCCUGUGGCGCAGGAGCUUGCGCACCCGCUUCUCAAGCACUGGUUUUCCGUCGCAGCUUAUCAGGAGCUGAUCUAUCGUCUCGUCGACCCCUGACUGCCGAGGAGCUGGGGAAGUAUCGCACGGACGGAUUCGUCAUUCUGAGAGAUGUAUACAACCAGGAGGAGAUCGACCUUUUGCGAGAGACGGUGCUAGCUGACCAGAUGCUGAAAGAGAAUGUGAUGGACAUGGUUGAUAGUAGCGGCAAGACCAGCAGACUGACACUCUGGAGACACGACGGGGAUGACACCUACGGUAUGUUCUCUCGAGGUCGCCGUAUGGUCGACUUUGCUAAAGCUGCCACUGGAUCUAACGAUGACUCAGUUUAUCACUUCCACACCAAGGUCAUGCUCAAAGAGCCGCACAUCGGAGGACGUUGGGAAUGGCACCAGGACUUUGGAUACUGGUACGAAGUGGGCUGCCUACAGCCAGAGAGAAUGCUGAGCGUCAUGGUAGCUAUUGACAAAGCUACUGUGCAAAAUGGCUGCCUGGAUGUCCUGAAAGGAUCAAACCGGUUAGGCCGCAUUCACCAUGGCAACACAGGAAAUCAAGUGGGAGCUGAUCCCUGGGCAGUGGACAAGGCGACCAAGCUGAUGGAGACUGUACCGUGCGAGAUGGACGCGGGUGAUGUACUCAUGCUGCACUGUAACACUCUGCACAAGUCGAAUGCCAACACGUCUGACCACUGGCGGCGCUGCAUGAUCGUGGCGUUCAACACCAAGGACAACGAACCACGGCCAGACACGAUUGCUCCACUCUACUUUCAAAUGAAGCCAGUGGCAGAUUCAGCCAUCAUGGAACUCGGAAUGGUGGGAAGAGCUAGUGGAACAGUCGAAGACUUCCUCCAACGAGAUGACAACGUCAACGCCUUCAAAUUGGAAGACACCGAAUUAGAAUAUAAAGAUGCAAAAUAGAGAUUGUUGUACCAGUGCGAACAAUUUUAAAAUUGCCUACACGUGCCCUUGCAUUGAUAACACACUACUUGUAUUCUCCAUGGCUGUGUGGGUCUGGCGUUGCCGCUUUUAUGUGCAGCACUGGUGUGCCUGCAAAAAUGGAAAUACGGUUCCACAUGUAGAUUGAGAUAACACUUUAGUAAUACUGUACCAGAAUUCAAUCAGUUCAUGACUAGCAAAUGCCCGCUUGAAUCGAUUUUCUUUUGCCCACAACUGCUUUAAAAAAACACACACACACACACUUACGUGGUGGAUUUCCUUUUGAUUUACGCCAAAGUCUUCCACACGCGUCAGUAUUGCACAUGAACCUGCUCUGCGCUUGAUGUACCCGUUUUUAAGUGAUAGUAUUAAAUGUGCAUUGCACUUAAACUCUGCUAUGUGAAUGUUAGUGCAGUCAAUGAUAUCAUUCCGUUUGCCACUACUGUGUUACAAGCACAUUUGGAAUCAUGGGAAUCAUGGGUUAUCUCUUGUAAUCAGGAGAUUUACGAUCUGGCCAGUCUGCUUGUUGAUUAUGUUCUGCAUCAUUUCUAAGCAUCAUGUAAACAGCCAACUAAUAUGACAUAUUAAUUAUUAGCUGGCUGUUUACACGAUUGUAUAGCCUGUGUAGUGCAUGAAAAUAACAUACAUGUAUUAGAAAAGCUUCCCGGCCUUGAUUCUCACACUUGUU